GAAUGGCAGGGAAGCGGCAGAAGCGGACGGCGGGUUGGCGGGGUCCAAGGUGUUCUUCGCAUGCGGUCUUGUCCUGGCAGCCAAUCAAUCACCUCGCUAGCCUGUGUCCCCGGCGCUUAUAAUCCCCCGCCAUCUCAAAGUGCUAUCCAACCAGAACGAUGACAAGGAAUAAUUGCUACAGAGAUCACAGUCAAGCGAUCAUCACCCCCUGUGGGCUCUGUUCAUGGGCCAUUAUGCAGUGCCUGACGGGUUGGACAAGUGAGAAUGCAGUUCACAUGUAGGCGCCAAGGUGGUCAUGUCGGUAUUGUUGUAACUGGCCAGCUUCGACACACUACCGAACUCACCAGCCGCUAUAUACCCUCUGUCCUCCACAAACUGCACUGUGACCUGGUCGAUUCUCGAUCACCAUGCGUUUCGUCUCAUCCGCCAGGAGGUCCGUCUAAAUGAGUUGAUAUCUCACUUCAUCCGUGCCGAUCCGGGCCUUCCACAAUGCAACCCGGGCUUUAUAGCGCCGCCGUCUCGCCACAGUCUGUCGUGAUCUUGACCUCUUCUGCCUUCAUCACCCUCUGCCACUCUGCCCCUGCCACCCCCAAGAGGAACAACAAUCCUUUGGGUAUUGACUGGGACCCUGCGCCGGCGCCUGAAGACGGUCCCCCGGGAGCUGCUGGAGCACUUCGAGACCCGGCCUAUCUCCCCGCGCAGAUUGGCGGUAUAGUUGGAUCAUACGCUCUUUCACUUGUCAUUGUCGCUACGCUCCUUCUCAUCCUCGCCAAGAAACGUCGCGAACAUAUCGAAGCAGGAGAGUUGGAUCUGAACGAGUACGUCUACGACUACGAGUGCGGUUUCGAAUCCGGAUUCGAGCCGAACGAGCACUUCCCCUACCCCCUCGCCUUACCCAAGUCUCCCAUCAAGAACUUUUCUCACCCGACGCCGAUUGAGGCUCCUACACCAGUCGACAACGAGGAUCUGAACCCCUAUAUCUACCCAUCUUCCCCUCAGUCUGCCGUUGCUCUCGGCAUCAAUCCCUUAGUCGAUCAGAACGUUGUGGCCGCGGACAGAGAAAUGGCACAACAACAGCUGGAGGAGAUGUACAAGUAUGUGAUGGAGCAGGAGGAGGCAAAGCAGGCCGGCGUUAUCUUGGAAGAGCCUCCGGCCCCGAUCCUCAAACAGGCCGAUCAUUCGGUCUCGUCUCUCCAGAGACCCCCCGAAGUGGCUCAGAGAUCGGGUGGCAUUCUGAGGAAGGGCCGGAAUAAGCCUGCAGGUCUUGAUUUGGCCAAACCUGAGCAGCCGGAAAAGACGCAGUCGCGAACGUCUACUUUCUUCUCGGCGCUCAAGUCGCCUCGAAAGAAGCCCGUCAAGGGCAUCAGCAUUUCGUCCCCCAUCAUGACGCCAAUGUCGGGGACUUUCCCACGAUAUGAGGGAGAGGAGAUGGAGACGAUCCCGCCUCGUCAUUAUGCACCAGCACCUCCCCCGCCAGUGCCCGCGGAUCAGGAUCCAUAUGCACGGAGAACGACGCGCAACUUGGCGCCCAUCACGCCUCCGGAUUUUUCCCCGGAGAGCACAAUGAGCAUUGACGAGAGACUCGAAGCUCAACUGGGCCAGAGGUCUCACUCUCGCAACCCGUCUCAGGCGCCCACUGAACCCGAUCCCGCGUCUGCCAUUUCGGAAAAGUCUACGACGCCACUGGUGGGUUUGCCGUCGUCACCCAAACCCGGCGUUACUCGCUUCCCAACCUUACCAUCAUCACCAAAGCCUGGUGCAAGUUUCUCGCGCAACACCCCGCCGCUCUCGCCGGGUUUGCCGACGCCUAAACCCGGCUCGACGUUCACGAGAGCCAACGCUCCGUCCGCUGUUCGGACUGGUGGCGCCCUGCCGCUUCGAGCAUAUGAACCAUCACUGGCCUCCCCGUCCAUGCAAACCACGAAGCAGACGACCUUUGAGAGAGCCGACAGAGCCCCGCUCUCUCCUGGUGGACUGCGGACACCAUGGACCGGUGCCCCGGUUCCCUAUUCUCCCUACCAGCCUUACACGCCAGUUGUUCCCAUUACUCCGUCACUAGUGACUAGACAAGACCGAAAGAGGAUGAGACAACUCCAGCCCAAGACGCCGACAUUGGAGAUGGUGAAGAGCUCCGAUGACAUUUGGUGAACGGUCAAAGUAAAAACAGUUCCUGAUGAAUCAAUGAGUUUUCGUUUCUAGGGCUGGGGCACGAUGGUUACUGCCUCCAUGAAGUGUUUGUCGGCGUUCUUUCAGUUUAUACCUUUAUAC